UUGCAGGCGUUGGUUAUUCCUGAGAAGUUCCAGCACAUUCUUCGUGUUCUCAACACGAACAUUGAUGGCAGGCGCAACAUCUUGUUUGCCCUAUGUGCCAUUAAGGGUGUAGGUCGUCGCUACGCCAGCCUUGUGUGUAAGAAGGCCGACGUGGACCUGAGCAAAAGGGCCGGAGAACUCACAGAAGAGGAGAUUGAGCGAGUUAUGACGAUCAUCCAGAACCCUCGCCAGUACAAGAUUCCCGACUGGUUCCUCAACAGACAGAAGGACGUCAAGGACGGCAAAUUCACACAGGUCAUGUCCAACGCCCUCGACAACAAGCUUCGUGAAGAUCUUGAGCGCCUUAAGAAGAUCCGUGCACACAGAGGCUUGCGACACUACUGGGGCCUGCGUGUGAGAGGUCAGCAUACAAAGACAACCGGCCACACCGGUAAAACUGUGGGUGUAUCUAAGAAGAAGUAGAUUGUACAUUACCAAUAACAAUAAACCAAGCGAAGAAAA